AUGAAAACAGAUUAGAUGACAAAAGAAUAAAUAUUAGAGGAGUAUACUCUGUAUAAGAGGUAUGUUUAGCAUCUCCAAUCGACAUUGCUUUAAAACGAAGAUCAAAUAUAGAGAGAAAUAAAAGUGAAUGUGCUAAGGACUGAAGCCUAUGAGAUUGAUAUCAAGGUAAAGAGAAAUCGAGAUAAUUUGCCGAUCAAAACCAAUCACUAUAAAAGUAUUCCAGGCAAUAUCAGAUUGUAGCAUCCUACUCCAGUAUUUUUAGAACGCUUAAGUAGAAUUUUGGUUAUAUUUAAUAAAAGCACCCCUAUCCAUUCCAACUUAAUUAACUGAAGAGAUCGAAGAGCAUGUGUAGAAUCUAGAAUAAGGACUGGCUAAAAGCGUAGAUGAGAGCAAACACUAUUUGAGACUGGAGCACAAAUUAUUUGUAGAUUUCUUUUUUGAGAAAUUCAAAGACAAAUUUACUACUUUAUCAGCUGUUUUUCAAUUGCAACAAUUAGCUUUGGCAAUAGGUUGUUCAGCAGAACAAAUUUAAUCAUAUUAUUUAGCUAAGCAAGCUAAAAAAUAUGAUUAAUUUGUAAAUUUUAAUGUGAAAUAUCAAUUUGUAAGAUUCAAUCGAUACUUUUGUCCCAUUUGUAAUUUAUAUCUGUGUAGUUUACAUUACCAGUACUUAUAUAAAUAUAUGGUUUAGUUCUAAAAAUCAGAGAUUGUAUAUUGAGAAAGAACCAGAAGAAGAACCUUAAGAUUAAUAAAAGGAUGAUCCUACUCAUCAUGAUAAUUUUUAUGAGACUGAAUUUAAGCCUAAUUCUUAGUUAUUGAGAGAACUCUUUGGUAGAUACAAAUUGAAUAAUAAAAUUGAGAUGGAAUAGAGAUGUAGAGAUAUCACUUAAUGUGGCAAAUAUGGUGUUGAUUAAACGAAGAUGAAAAAGUUUUAAUAGAAGUCGAUUGAAUAAAUGUUGGAGUUUGGAUUUAGUAAUUGUUGUUUUAUGGCACGAGUGUUAACUCAUAGAAUAUACCCAGUUACUUGUUAAUAGAUCAAUUAUUUAAUUAAGACUUUAAAGAGUUAGAGCAAGAAACACAUGACAAAUGGGAAACGUAAAUAAUAGUAAGCAUCCAAAAAGUAGAAUCUGAAUAAUUAUGCUCAAUAAUACAUUCCAUGUUUCCACGAAGGAGAUUGUGGAUCCAACUCAUGCUCUUGCGUAACAUGUCACAAAUAUUGUUGUUGUAAAGGUCAGUGUCAAUAGAAGGCAAAAUCCUGUGAUUGUAGAGUCUGUGGCUAUGAUGAGAAGAAACAGAAGCACUCAUGUCCUUGUUACAUUAGUGGAUAUGAAUGUGAUCCUUAAUUAUGCAAGUGUCAAUCAUGCUCAAAUAAGAAUCUUUUGAUGUAGAUUCGAAAAUCACUGGUUUUAGGUAAAUCCUUAAUCUGUAAUGGACUUGGAUUGUUUGCAGCUUAAAAUUUUAAGGUAUGUGAUUUCGUUGGUGAAUACACAGGGAAUUAUAUUUUGUUAGACGAUGAGAGUACGGCUAUCGAAUGUAUUUAAAUGAGUAUAUCUUAGAAUGUGAUUGGAUUACCAAUAAUCAUUAUUUAUUUGAAGUGGAUGAUAAGUGGUAAGUAGAUGGAACCUAUUAUAGUAAUUGUCUGAGGUAUAUCAAUCAUGCUACGAAGAAAUCAGAUUUGGCUAAUUGUUAAGCUUAGAUUCUCUUCUCAGAGGGAAGAUGGAGAAUUGCGAUGUAUAUAUUUACCGAACUAUUUGUAGGUUCACCACCAAAAACAUAUCAAUAGGGGAAGAAUUGUUCUUUGAUUAUGGAGAUAAAUUUUUAACAAAAUGGUUAACUGACUUUAACAAAUUAUGUGAUGAUUACUACAAAAAAUGA